AACUGCUGCCCUGCACAGUUUCACACACUGGCACGCGGCCCACAAAGCCACAAAUCUGCCAGCAGCAUUAUCGGGUAUUUUAAAAACCCUUACAGGUCUCGAGAGGAGCAAGAGGAGGCUGACGGUUAUUGACGCAACAUGCUUUCUUGAAAUUUCAUUGCUCUGCUUUGGCUCGAAUCUAUCGAUACAGGUCUGUCCAGAUUUGACAGGAAUGAGACAAGAUGUUCCUUGUGAAGGGGGUCAGAACAACACAAGCUACACAACAAAGGGUGAUUUAUAAGCGGUUGUGGGGACAUGAGCUGAAGGACAAAAAAAGGACAGAGACGGCGCUGAAGGCUGGGGAGGACAGGGCCAUUCUUCUGGGUUUGGGCAUGGUGUUCAGCUCAGUCAUGAUGUACUUUGUGAUUUGUAUCACCAUGGUGCGUGCUUAUGCAGACAGUCUAUUGAUAGAUGAGACCACCUGCACUGUGCUGAACUCCUCUCUGACCAAGGAAAUCAACUGCUCCUACAACUGUGGCUCUGACUGCUGGCGAAACUCGAAAUACCCCUGUCUGCAGGUCUACGUCAGCCUGAACGCCACCGGUCGCAUCGGCCUGCUCUCUCACAAUGAGGAAAUGCUGGACGUCAGUUCUGAGUGUUUUUAUGUGCCAAAAUGCCAGAAGGACCACACUGCUGUGCGCGUUCUGAUCCAGAAUAUUUCGGAUCACCUGAAGAUGCAGCAGCAGGUCAGGUGUUUCCACGACCCCAGCGAGCAUCAGGCCAGUAUCCUCCUUAAGCGGCUCUACGGCAGCGCUUCGCUUUUACACUCGCUCUUCUGGCCCUCCUGCUUGUUAUCCGGAGGAACGCUCAUCAUCCUCAUGGUCAAACUCACGCAAUACCUCUCCAUACUGUGUGAACAAAUCGACAAAGCCCCGAAGUGAAAGCCGCGCAGACAUCGACUGACUCGGUGAGGUAAACGGAGGGAGCUUUUCAUUUCUCCUUCAAAUGGUUUUUCGGAUUCCUGCUGUUCAAGGAUUGACCGGAGAUUGAUGUUAGUCUUCCAUGACUAAGCAAUAUUGUGUCCACAAAUCAUAUCUCUGGAGUGCUGCCGUAUGCCAAACGGGCUUAUAGUGCUUUUGGGAUAAAGGUAUUAAAAAUAUAAACAAUGCAAUAUGUAUGCAGCUGUUUGACGCAGCGUCUGACAUCCUUUGACUAAUCUUUUAUAAAUCAUGUGCUUUAUGGAUAAUGUAAAUUAUAAAUUCAGGGCUCAGUAUAAAUCAGUACAUUUUGAAAAUGAAUAUUUUUAUCAAUUUUUUAGGGAAUAUAUUGUAACACGGGGAGUGACAGAGACAACUGAAGUUUAGGAUCCACGUGCAGGUUUAUUCAAACUCAGGGAGGCAAUGGUCAACACAGGUGCAAACAGAUGUAUGAAGGCAGUCCAGAAUCAUAAUCAAACACAGGCGAGAGGUCGGAAGGCAGGCGGCAGACAAGGAUAACUAGGUAAACAAGGCUAGGGUAAACACACGGAGAAACAAGACUAAGGAAACGCGUUGUAAUGUCACUUUACAGUAAAACAAGACUCGGCCAAUGCAGGGAGUGUGUGUGUUGUUUAAAUAGUGUGUGUAAUCAGUCUCGGACAAUCCUCAGCUGGCGCAAGUGUAAUCAGUGAAAAUGAGGAAGCAUGUGUGUUUGUGGAACGGAGUGCAUGUAUAAAAAUGUAGUCGACGAAUGGCGGAUUAGUAGUCCAUAGGUUAUUGUGAGAGUGAGUGCUUACCAGCGACCUCUGGUGGUUAGAGAUCGCUGGUAAUCAUGACAUAUAUAGUGCAUCCGGAAAUUAUUCAUAGCGUUUCCCCUUUUCCACAUUUUUUUAUGUUACAGCCUUAUUCUAAAAUGGAUUAAAUUAAUUUAUUUCCUCAAAAUUCUACACACGAUACCUCAUAAUGACAAUGUAAAAAAAGACUUUUUUGAAAUUGUUGCAAAUUUAUUAAAAAUAAAAAACUUCGCAUGUACAUCAGUAUUUACAGCCUUUGUCGUGAAGCUCUAAAUUGAGCUCAGGUACAUUCUGUUUCCGCUGAUCAUUCUUGAGAUGUUUCGGCAGCUUAAUUGGAGUUCACCUCUGCUUUCAAUCUCAAUAAACACUGAUGCUUGCUGACAACUUAUACUACAUUAUUUAAGGGCAUUCCUUAUGACAUGGAUAGGAUCAAACUUAUCAUUCCUUUUUAAUAUUAAGAUAUUUUCUUUGAAAUCUAAAUGUAUAUUUUCCUGCCAGGGUUGCUUAUUAAACACUCUUGCCUGAACUUGCCGUGAGUGAGACAGAGAAAAUGAAAGCACAUCAGCAGCAGCGAGGAAAAAUUAAAUGCUUAAGACAU